UCACUGGUUGAAGGAGUCGUAUUGAUUGAGUCCUCUAAAAACAGUCUACAGAAGAGUUGUGCGUUUGAUCCAGAAGUAUAGGAUUACGUUUUUCACGGUUUAAUAAACGUCAUAUAAUUAUUUGCAUUUGUAAGAAAAGAAAAGAAGAAAAACAGGGCAGCUGCAAUGUGGAUUCAAGUGCGCACCAUGGAUGGCAAGGAGACCCAUCGGAUCGACUCCCUGUCCAAACUUACCAAGGUGGACGAGCUGCGCCUCAAGAUCUUGGAACUCUUUAAGGUUGACCCAGAGAAGCAGAGGCUUUUCUACCGGGGAAAGCAGAUGGAGGACGGCCACACAAUCUUUGAUUACAACGUGGGUUUGAACGACAUAGUGCAGCUGCUUGUUAGACAGGCCGCGCCCCCUGCUGCUGUCCUCAAAAGCAAGGACAAAGAGGCCGAGCUGUCCGACUCUGACUCUGGCUGUAGCUCUGCGCAGAGUGAGUCAGACAAGAGCUCCACCCACGGGGAGGCUGAGGUGCAGGCAGCUGGCACCUCCACCCAAACCGACUUGCCAGACCUGGUCGACCCCGGCUUUGGCUGUUACAAGAUUAACGAGUUUGUUGAUGCCAGAGACUUGAACAUGGGUGCCUGGUUUGAGGCCCAAAUUGUGAACAUAACAAAGACAUCUGGAGAGGAGGGCUCUGACACGAAACCCAGCGAAGAGGAAGUUAUUCACUACCAUGUCAAAUAUGAAGACUACCCAGAGAAUGGUGUGGUGCUGCUGCAUUCCAAGGAUGUGCGCCCGCGUGCUCGCACUGUCUACCAGUGGCACCAGCUAGAGGUGGGCAUGGUGGUCAUGGUCAACUUCAACCCCGACGAACCCAAGGAGCGCGGCUACUGGUACGAUGCCCAGAUCCAGAGGAAGAGGGAGACACGCACCCUGCACGAGAUCUACACCAAAAUACUGCUCGGGGAUGCCGGUGACUCUCUGAAUGACUGUAGGAUCAUGUUCUUGACUGAAAUUUACAAAAUCGAGGAGCCUGGAUCAUUGGAUGGAUCUGGAGUUGGAUCUGACAGUCCAUUGAAAAGGUCAAACGGACCCGAGUGCAAACACUGCAAAGAUGACCUCAAAAAGAACUGCCGCUGGUGCAACUGCCACGUUUGCGGUGUGAAGCAGGACCCUGACAAGCAGCUGCUGUGUGACGAGUGUGACAUGGCCUUCCACAUCUACUGCCUUAACCCCCCACUGACCAGCCUCCCCGAUGAUGAUGACUGGUAUUGUCCCGAGUGCCGCAACGAUGCCAGUGAAGUGGUCCUAGCAGGAGAGAAACUCAAGGACAGCAAGAAGAAAUCCAAGAUGGCGUCCGCUAGCUCAACCAGCCAGCGAGACUGGGGAAAGGGCAUGGCUUGUGUCGGCCGCAGCAAGCAGUGCACCAUCGUGCCCUCAAACCACUACGGCCCAGUCCCUGGCGUCCCCGUUGGAAGUAUUUGGAAGUUCAGGGUCCAGGUGAGUGAGUCUGGUUGCCACAGGCCACAUGUAGCUGGGAUCCAUGGGAGGAGCAACGAUGGAUCUUACUCCCUAGUGCUGGCAGGGGGUUAUGAAGACGACCAGGAUAAUGGCAACGAGUUCACCUACACCGGCUCAGGAGGACGAGACCUGUCUGGCAACAAGAGGACAGCCGAACAGUCGUGUGAUCAGAAACUCACCAAUAUGAACAGAGCUCUGGCUCUGAACUGCAACGCGUCGGUGAACGAGAAGGACGGGGCCGAGGCCAAAGACUGGAAGGCAGGCAAGCCGGUCAGGGUGGUGCGCAGCUCCAAGGGCCGCAAGCAUAGCAAGUUCAGCCCUGAAGACGGCAACAGAUACGACGGCAUCUACAAGGUGGUGAAAUACUGGCCAGAGAAGGGCAAGUCCGGCUUCCUGGUCUGGAGGUACCUGCUCAAACGAAACGACGACGAGCCAGCGCCAUGGACCAGGGAUGGCAAGGAACGCAUCAAGAAACUGGGACUCACAAUGCAGUAUCCUGAGGGCUAUCUGGAGGCCCAGACUGCCAAGGAGAAGGAGAAGGAAAACAAGGAGAAAGAAAAUGAGGUGACUGAAACACCCACCAAAGGAAAGCGGAAGAGAAAGUCUCAGUCUAAUGCUGAAGAGAAGUUGUCACCAACCAAGGGAACUCCCAAGAAGAUGAAAGUUGAGGCUUAUAAACUGACCAAAGAACAGAAGGCUUGGGUCAAGGGUGACGAGUCCAACAGGAAGCUGUGGGGUGAAGCCAUGGAGUCUCUGGCCCUUGGCCCGAAAUUCCUGAACAAAGUUGAGGAAGUCUUCUCAUGUAUAUGCUGCCAGGAAGUGGUCUUUCAACCUAUUACCACUGAGUGCCAACACAAUGUCUGCAGGGAAUGCCUUCAGCGGUCUUUCAAGGCAGAGGUGUACUCAUGCCCGGCAUGUAGGCACGAUCUGGGGAAAAACAACCCAAUGACUGUCAACAAUCCCCUCCAAGCCAUUCUCAACCAGUUCUUCCCAGGAUACAGCAGUGGACGGUGAUAACUUGUUCCACAUGCUUGACCAGCAUGGAGACAACAUGAACUAUGAGGGAAGUUAAGAAUUUCAGUAAAGACACAUAAUAACUUUUCCUAAUAUAUUUUACAAAUGUAACACUGUGUUUGGUGAAAUGCCACCCCCUCUUCUCUGGUCCUAUGUCAUUAACUGUAGUUGAUGUAAUUAAACUGCCUUGAUCAAAUGUAUCUGUAACAUUAAUGUUCUUCUGUUAACAAUGCAUAAAUUUAAUACACAAGUCGAAUUCCUUCAAGCACAUGUGUUUUUUUUGUUAGAGCAGAUAGACAUGUUAAUCAAUUGCAUACACUUUUAUUUAGGAAACACUCCCUUAUUGAAUGUAUUCUAUAUUCUAAGUUUGAUGUCCAAUAGAACUGGCCUGAACUCAUGUUUUUCUUAAGCGAAGCACAACUGAAAUCUGUUAGCGACCCCAUUUAAA